ACCGCCGCAGCCAUGGGGAAGCCUCAGUCUCACCUGGCCAAACACAGGGACGAGAGCCAGGACGCCCUGACGGCCGACGGCGAGGCGGAGGAGAACGGGAAGCACGGCGACGUGUCCCAGUUCCCCUACGUGGAGUUCACCGGGCGGGACAGCGUCACCUGCCCCACCUGCCAGGGGCACCGGCAGGAUCCCCAGAUUCAGGAGAACCAGCUGGUGGCUCUGAUCCCGUACAGCGACCAGAGGCUCAGACCAGCAGGACGUAAAAAGCUGUAUGUCACGAUAUCCGUGCUCUGUGUCGUGCUGUCACAGCCUGGCCGUCUUCUCCUGUUCCCUCGCUCCAUCGACGUUUCCUACGUAGGAGUGAAGUCCGAAGUGUCCUACGACCAGAGCCAGCGGAUCGUCUAUCUCAACAUAACGAACACCCUGAACAUCACCAACAACAACUACUACUCCAUCUCCGUCACCAACAUCACGGCGCAGGUGCAGUUCUCCAAGACGGUGAUCGGAAAGACCAAGUUCAGCAACAGCACGGUGAUCAUCCCGCUGGACGAAAAGCAGAUCGACUACACAGUUCCCACCACCAUCGCUGAUGACAUGAGUUACAUGUUUGACUACUGCACGCUGUCCACCAUCAAGGUUCACAACAUCGUGGUCAUGAUGCAGGUGACGGUGACGACCUCGUACUUCGGCCACUCGGAGCAGGUCUCCCAGGAGAUGUACCAGUACGUGGACUGCGGGGGGAACACCACCUCGCUGCACGGACACGUGCAGGUCUACCAGUAAAGAGAGAGAGAGAGAGGAGAAGGGGAAGCGCGUCAGCGUUCGUCACAGCGGCUCAUCCAUGUCUCCACUCCCACCCAGCUCCAGCCCCC